AUGCCUCGAGAUAGCGGCGAGGCUUCCGCCUUACUCCCCUCAUCGCGGCAUCGCCAUCCCUCCCACGACUACGAGUCAGGGGCAUCGACACCCCGCCCCGGCAGCCCGACCGAUGUUGCCACCAACCUCGCCGCAGCAGCCGAGCAGGCGGCUCCCGUGACGCCGUCGCGAAGCCAGAAUGCUCGCUUCGGCACCUGGCCCCGCCGCGACGUCCCCUCCGGAGGACCGAUCCCAGAUCGCACGCCCGGGAACAGCUCGCCGAGUCGAUCAUUCCUUGCCCCGCCUCAGGGAAAGCGGCCCCGGAGGCUGAGCUCGGCGAGCGUGCUGAGGAGUAGAGCGCUGGACCUCGAAGCCGCCCACGGCGACAUGACGAAGGGCCGCUUUUGGGCGCUCCUCGCGGUCUGCACGCUGUCUAUCGGCUCGCAUUACACCCAAUAUUCGCUCGGACCGCUCAAGUCGCGACUCCACCGCGAGCUCGGCAGCACGAACAGCCAGUUCUCGCUCAUGAUCUCUGCACUGAAUCUGAACGCGACCUGGACGCCACUCGUCGGUGGCAUUCUCGUGGCACGAUUCGGUACCCGGCUGUCGUCGGUGGUGUGCACGACCUUCGUCCUCAUCGGGCAGAUCAUCCUCUACCUGGGAACGUUAAAGCAUCAGAUCUGGGCCAUGACUCUGGGUCUCUGGGUGUUCGGACUCGGCAUGACGCCUCUCAUGGUCGUUCAGGAGACUUUGCUGGCGAGGCUGUCACCGGGCGGUCACCUGGGUCUGUCUCUUGCGCUCGGUCUCGUCAGUGGCAAGUCGUCGAGCUUUAUCGCAGCUCUGACGUCGCUGCCGCUCGCCAGCUGGGGAGGCGACGGAGCGCCGUUCGCAGUCGGUCUGAUUCUCUGCACGCUGUCUUGGUUCUUCAACAUCUUACGAUUGAUGUUCCACUGGGGUGAGAACCCGAACAUGCCAGAGCGAGCAGCGAGAAUCGUGAAAUGGGACGGUCUCAGCCGUCUCGGAGACGUAUUCUGGGCCUUUAUUCUCUUCAACGUUACGUGUGGCAUGAUUUGGCAGCCCUUCCUCCACCUGAGUGCCAAUAUUCGCUACCACCUGACAGACGGCAAGGCUGCCCUCAACGCGUCGAUCUUGCUGGCUGGCGCUAUCGUGCUGUACCCAGUCAUCGGCUGGGUCACGGACCACUUCAGUCCCGAGACGCCUCGCACGACGUUCAAGCUGCUUCUCAUCUCUUGCGUCUUGACAUUAGUGUGCUACUUCGCCCUCUCGCUGCCCGUUUCGUGGGUCUCGUCUCCAACGCCUGCUCUGAUCUCUUGGGCGUUUGGACACGGUGCAUCUCCGCUCUUGCUGGUCAUUCUCGUUCCUCGAAUCCUGCCGUCUUCCUUGGUGCCUCUCGGACUCGGUAUCCACAAGGCUGUCGAGGUUGCUGCUUCCACAGCAACUCAGACCACAGCAGGUCUCUGGCUGGACUACGAGCAGGAGAGCCGCGGCAAGAAGUGGGCUGUGCACAGUCUACUCGUCAUUUUCGCCGCUUUGAACGUGCUGCAGAUCGGUCAGCUUCUCGGUCUCUGGAAGUUUGAGGCUAUCCGAAGAGGCCAGAUCAACCGCAAGCGGGCAAGGAUGUUCGAGGCCAGGAGGUAUGAACGGCUCCCUCUGUCUCCCAGCGAGGAGGAGCCGGAGGACUCCAGCGAAGAGUACGACAGCGACGACACGACAACCAUCCAAGACGUCUUCCUCGAGGACGAACCCCUCACACUCGCUCGCCGUACGAACUCUCCUGACCCGUUGCCCAUCACAAUUGAUGACCCACAGAGCGGACUGGCAAGGACGGACGCCGAAAGGCAUCGAGGAAAGGUGGCUUUCAGCACCAGCUUGGGAUUCAUCGCCUUUGUCUGGAUCGAGUUCAUCAUCACCGCCUGGCGAAAGUUGUAA